AUGAAGAACGUGAACGUGAGACAUGAGAAUUGGGAUGGGGAAUACCCGGCACCUCCUGGGGCUAAAGUCCUCUACACCUGCCUCAAUACUAGAGGAUUCACCGAUGGGUCCCCUCGGCACUAUGCCACCUGCUCCUUCAGGGCUGAUGACACCUGGGAAACCUCCCUUCAAGACAAAGAUGUUCGAUGUCAAAAGACAGGAAAACCAUGCCUCAGAUGGGACUCACCACGACUGGCAACAACCUACAAUUCCAAUCCUUCCGAUGGCUUCGUGGAUGCCAUGUUUUAUGCCGAGCAUGUCUUGAACCAGGAUCUAUCUUUACAUGAAAACUUCUGCCGGAACCCAACAUUUAAAGACAGACCCUGGUGCUUCGUCGACGAUGGCACCAUCCAUUCCGAAUAUUGUCAGGUUCCCCUAUGCGACGACAUGGGAAAACUAGAAUGCAAAUUGACGCAGAAGGGAGGGGAAUAUGUGGGAGUGAAGAACAAGAGCAUUUCCCGUUUUCCGUGCCUUCCGUGGUUGGAAUCGACACACUUCCUGAAGGAUCGGAUCUAUAAUGAUAGGCGCCCACCUUUUCCGGAUCUCCUCAGUGACACUCACAACUACUGUCGCAACCCCAAUGCAAAGCCAGGUGGUCCCUGGUGCUAUAUUCAGGAUUCUGGAGAGUCCGGCAUAGAAUGGGAAUAUUGUGAUGUGCCUUUUUGUGCAUUGGAAUAUCCGAAUAUUGCAUGCGACCCACGGAAUCAGUGCGAAUCAGAGAAAGAUGAUGUCCCAAGCAUAUAUCCGGAAUGUCGGAAGACAGAAAUGGGAAAUGAAUAUAAGGGCAUCAAAAACCGAACGGAAACCGGGAAUAAAUGUCUGCCUUGGGGUAAUCCACUAAUCAAGAAAGCCUUGGAAAAUAUACUGCUCUCCCACAUCUCUGCUGAAGACCGCUUCAAAGAAAAGUUUCAGGUUUUGGAUGGCAUGGGUCCAUGGACAGAAGAGGAAGCAAACUAUUGCCGGAAUCCAGGGUUUAGAAAACGGCCGUGGUGCUUCGUCUCCAAUGAUCUGAAAUGGGAAUACUGCCACAUCCCGUUCUGUCCUAAUCGUAAAGUGAACUGCAAGGUGACCGAUCAUGGAAUGGAGUAUGCGGGGAAAACGAACAUGACGGUGGAUGGGAAGAAGUGUCAAAACUGGCUGAGCCAGACUCCUAACAAGCAUUCCAUGAUCUUUUCUUUACCAUAUUUCCCUGAUCAUGGCGUGGACAGUCGUCACAACUACUGUCGUAAUCCAAACAGGGAUGGCAGUGGGCCCUGGUGUUACACUGAGGAAGACAUUGGUCGCCAGCAUUGUGACAUUCCUUUUUGUUGGGAAAUGUAUCAGAGAUCUGCAGUGAAAGGUUCAGUGGUGGAGGGAUAUCCAGAGUGCCGACAGACUGAAAAUGGGAAGGAAUACAUAGGGACAAUGAGGAAGACGGUGACCGGAAGGACUUGUGUCCGUUGGGAUUCCAUACUCGACGAAGUGAAGUUCAAUAAAGACACAGGCAAUACUAAUGAUUUUGAAAUGAAGCUUCCCUCGACUCACCAGAACUUUUGCAGAAAUCCGACAUCGCUGGAGCGACCCUGGUGCUUUCUCGCUGACACAAAUAUCACAUGGGAAUUCUGUGACAUCCCCCUCCGUCCCAACUAUCCCAGUGAGCAAACCCGGACCCACGCAUAUUUUCAAUGA